AAUGUAAACAAUCGAAAAUGUCGGAGAGAGAAAAAUGUGUUUUUGUGACCGUAGGAACAACUAGUUUUGACCCGCUAAUAGAACUGGUUUCUAUCAGCACUUUUUGUAAGCUACUUGAAGAGUUGGGGUACACAAGGCUGUUACUACAGAUAGGCAGAGGCCAGUAUGAACCAGAGGCCUUCACCAAGCCUGGGUUUAGACUAGAAUACUUCAGGUUCAAAGACACCAUUGCUGAGGAUAUACAGAAUGCUAGCCUGGUUAUCAGCCAUGCAGGUGCAGGCAGCUGUCUGGAGACCCUGGGAGCAGGGAAGCCCCUGGUGGUGGUCAUUAACGAGACACUCAUGAAUAAUCACCAGUUGGAACUGGCCAACCAGCUGUACAAGGAUGGGCACCUGUAUUAUGCCACCUGCAGCAACCUUAGACAUCUCCUUAAAGACAUGGACAUCAGCAAACUCAAGACAUUUCCUCCCGGACAACCUGAGAAGUUUGCAGCUUUCUUGGACAAAGUUAUGGGGGUGUCUUGAAACCAUGUUACCUAGCAACCAUGUUACCUAGCAACCAUGACCACACCCUAUUUAUGGCAUAACCAGAAGAAUAAGAUUACUAGUAAUUAUAAUAUCAAAAUCUAAAUUCUAAAGCUAUUUUUGCCUUUAUGUACUUUGCACAAUGCAAUAUCUAUUGUGGAAAAAAUACAAUGUACAAUGUAUACCAAACAAAAUAAGAAUAUAAACGUAGAUUUUACAACUGAGUUAAACAAGUCAUUCCAAAACAAACCUUAAAAGAAAAUUAGUAAUUUCCACACUCCAAAUCACUUGAACACACUAAUAAAACAAAGAUAUGCAACACACAAAAAGUAAGUAAAGAAAUAUUUUUCAAUGGUGAAAAGAAUAGCUGCAAUGCAUUGUAAGAACCUUGUAUUGCACUUUAUCAAGGCACUAAGACAGCAAUAUUCAGCUUUUAAAAGUCUUCACAGUACUGUGGCUUGUAUGGAACAAGUGUAUAUAACUAUAUAUUGCUAUUCCCAAUAUAAAAACAUAUUUAAGAGCACUAUUAAAAUCGCAAUGUGUAAAUUAUUUCUAUGUUUAAGAUGCAUGCAUUUUCUUGACCCAUCGGAAUCUAGAUCAAUCUCCUAAAAACAUAAUAUUAAGAUUGUCCUAUACAUUGUAUUCUUGGCAAUGAUUGUCUUUUUGCAAAUGCCUACUGCACUUUUCAGGAUUGUUUCAAUAUAAAAUCUAGUUCUGUACACAA